AUGGACCCUUUGGACAAAAUUAAAGUCCAACUGAAAAAAUGGGAGACAUCUUUUUUUCAGGAGCAGCAGAGGAAGCCCAGCAAGGCAGAUGUCCUGGAUGCUCCUGAAAAAAUAAAAAAACUGUACAGAGAGUACAAGGCUCUAAAGGAAUCCAAGGGGCAUCAUGAUCAUCCUGAAUCUGUCAUGACCUGCCAGCAAGAAAACCAGGAACUGGUAGCACCAGAAAAGGCACCUGAUUCCGGUUCCUGGGGAUCGCACCUGAAUCGAGGACUGAAGGUUUCUAAACCGACCAGGCAGAAUCCAGAAGCCUUGCAGGCCUCUGCACAGCAUUUUGGGAUGAAGCUGAAAUGCAACUUAGGUGCAAAAAUUAAGGAAAGUCCUAUUACUUUAAGGAGAUCCCUCACUCCCAAAAGGAAACCAGUUCAGGUAGCACAGAAGGAUGGAGCUCAGAUUGAAAAAGUUGUGCCUUUUCCAUCGCCAGAAGUUCCUUCAUUAAAAACUAAUCCCAAUGAUUUGCCUAUUUCUAAUGCCGAGGAACUCACAGCUCUCCUUCCUUCUUCGUUUCCAGACCUGGCUGGCACCCAGCUCCGUUUUCCUGGUCGGAAACCGAGGCUGUCGUCAUCGGAUUGGUUUCAGUGGCAAAAGCAGACAGUCACGAAACGACUGAGCAGUUUGGAUCCUGGGUGGCUAGACAGGUGCCAAGGGACAAAAUGGGAGAGUAGAGAGGAGCAAAUCAAAGAUUGCAGUUUGGACCCGGCUAACGGGGCAGGGCCAUGCCGAGGAUUGCCCGAAAGCAUUUCUUUCCAAACACAGCCUCCGUUUCUCCAACCGGGGAAAAGAAAACGGGAGAAAGAUUGCCAAUCUCCCCAGGAAAAUUGUCAGCAGGGGGUGUUAGAGAGGCAGCCCGUGGGCCAGAGUCCAGAAGACCUGAGUACACCGAGCACACGGGAUAAUCCAGAUUCAGACAAAGAAAGGAUCAGUGUAGCAUUCAGUGCAACCAGUGCUGAAAUUCCCGCCACUGAGCAGAUGCAGAACCUGGAGGCUGUCAGAAAAGACGACAGCCGGAAAAGAGAGGAGCAUCAUCUGCAAGGAGCUUCCUCCAGGCUGAGGGGUGCUUCGUGUGAUGGGCAGAGCGGGCAGCGUCCCCUCACCAAGAAAGGGAAAAUGCCAAGCAAGAAAAGGCGUCUGGACCCUGCAGCCGACGAUCACGUUGCUCCAGGCAUUUCUAAACGCGGCGUUUGCACCAAGCGCCAAAGGACUAAGGUUGAGGACGGCAGCCACGUCAAAAAACAGCACCCUGCAGUCAACCAACAGCCAGGAAAGGAUGAAUAUGACUUUGACCAAGACAUGGCCAAAGGGCAAGAGGAGAAGGAGGAGAUGGUUCCACUUCUUUCUGAAAAUAUACUUGGGGACCUGGUUGAGGAAAAAUGUCCUAAGAGGAGUGGGAAGCCCAGCAUGCCAAGGCUGCCGCCAAAGAAAUGUGGCAAUUUUGUCCGUCUCAAUAUGAAAACAAAAUCCCAUGUAAAGAGUUAUGCCUUGAAGGGGAAACACCUCCGCAAGCAG